AUGGCCCGCACUGAGAGACCUGAUGUCCGCAAGGCAGCAUCCAUUGCUGGCAAACUGGACGUAUUUCGAGAUGGCUUCAGAACAAUUUGCCAGGAAUCAGGUUUACCUCCGACUUUAGAUUCCCUCAACCUCCAGAACCUAGCGUUGGACCUAGUUUCAGCGUUGCGAUCAUUUCCAGAUAUGCGAAAGCUUCCUUCUGCCAAUAGUCGAAAAAAUAUCUUAAGUGAUCUUUUAAGACUUACCGCCGUGAUUAGUUCCGACGAUUUCGAUUUCGAUAAUCUUAUGCCACUACUGAGAGCAGUCUUGAACCAAGAACCCGAAGAUGUCAUCUGGGAUAGAAUAUAUUCUACUGUUAUUGAAUCAACGCCACCUCCGAAGCUGCUGCCUUUUUUCAACCAAACUCCAUAUUUACAUACUACGAGCAGUUUCGUUAAUUCUUCCGGACAUCGAAAACACGUGGAUGCCGUGUUGAAGGAGGAAUUGGGUCCAAUAUAUAUCGGUAUACCUCAAUUUUAUGAAAGUUUCUUUAGGAAUAUCGACGGCCUUGAAGCGGCAGGCAAUGCGGUUUUUCAGGAACUCAGGGAGGGAGAUACUCCUCUUUACUGUGAUGGAAGUGGCUGGCAAGACUGGCCCAAGAGUACACAAGAGAAGGAAGUCCUGGAGUGGCUCAACCAGAAAUUCAACCUGCUUCGGAAUCUUGCUGGGGAGAAACGUCCAUCCGUAGCAGCGCAGCGAAAGAUUUUAACUCGACCCUCACAGCCCUUGCAAGGGUCUAGUACGAAACGAAAAUUGGAUGUUGCCAUUGUCAAGGACAUAGAUCAACAAAUAGAAGAGGGCGGACCGUUCGAUUGGUCGCGUGUCCUUGUUCCAGGAGAAUUAAAAAGCAGCCCAGACCUUGAUACUGCCUCGAACACGUGGCGGGAUCUAGGUAGAUAUGCGAGGGAAGUAUUCAGUUCUCAAGAGACCCGCCGGUUUGUUCUAGGCUUCACUCUCUGCGGCCCAAUUAUGCGACUGUGGGAGUUUGAUCGCCUAGGAGCCAUAGCAUCUUCCCCCUUCGAUGUCAACAAAGAUGGGUUGCAGUUUGUUUUAGCUAUAUUAGGUUACUUUUGGAUGAAUGACGAACAACUUGGGUUUGAUCCCAGCAUCAUGACCUCUGCUGAUGGUCGAAGGUUCAUUGAAAUUUCGCGUAAUGGACGGAAAGAGCGCUUGGUUUUUGACGAGCUUGUUAAAAUGUCGUCUUGUGUGGCCGGUCGAGCUACGACAUGCUGGAAGGCUCACAUGGAGGACGGAUCAAAUACCCCAGUUGUUAUUAAAGAUUCAUGGCAAUACCCAGAGCGCGAAGAGGAGGGAAAAUUACUACAGGAAGUUACUGAAAAGGGUAUUAUUAACGUGGCAAGGUAUUUUUACCAUGAAACGGUGUGUGUGAAUGGUGAAAUUGAUGAUGUACGGGAAAAUGUCCGCAAAGGUAUCGAUGUGACAAAGGCGUCAAACUACAAACCAGCAUCUAACAAACAGGAGGAGGCAAAAGAUACUGCUCGCCUAGGCCGCUCUAAGAAUAGGAGCAGAACCGGGCAUAAGAGGUCUUCUAGCUGUGCUGAAGUCCCACUACCUCCUAGCAAAAGGACUUGCUCGAGCUCCUCGAAUAGGAAACAAGACCUGACACCUCAAAAUCGCAUACAUCGUCGUGUCUGUAUCCGUGACUAUGGAAAGUCGAUUUGCAGAGCAACCUCCCGAGUUGCUUUGCUCAAUGCUCUACAAAGCUGCUUAGAAGGCUAUGAGUCUCUACAUGCUCAUACGGGGAUUCUCCAAGGCGAUAUAUCUACUGGUAAUCUAAUGAUAAACGAAGAUAAGAAGAACGGCUCGUGGCCGGCCUUUUUGAUUGAUCUCGAUCUUGCUAUCAAGGAGCAGCGAGAGCAGCCGUCCGGAGCCAGAGGAAAGACAGGUACAAGGGCCUUUAUGGCUAUUGGACUUCUGUUAGGAGAGAAGCAUUGUUUCCACCACGACCUGGAGUCCUUUUUUUGGGUGCUAUUUUGGAUAUGUAUUCACUAUGAUGGCCCGGGCAAGGAUGUUGGACCAACAGAUUUUGACUGCUGGAAUUAUGACGAUGACCAGAAACUAGCAAACUCAAAGAAAGGCGUCGUUGAUGACGAGGCGGAUUUUGAACAGACAGCGGAAAAGUAUUUUACAUCAUACUACAAGGUAUUAGUACCCUGGGUCAACGAGUUACGUCGAGUUGUAUUUCCCGGGGGUACGCGGAGAAAGAAACCUGACAAAGGCCUCUAUAUCCAGAUGAAAAAUGUUUUGGAGAAGGCAGCUGAGGAGCUCAAGAUGCUGGGCAUAUAG